UUUUAGGUGACGUAAGAUCUAAAGGUUAAGGUUCAAUGACUUUUAUUUACCCUAUUUUUAACCGACUUUCAUCUUCUUUGUAAUUGGUGCUAGCAAGAUCGAUGCCGGAAAUCCUACGGUCGAACCAGAAGGAGACAUGGGUUCCUCCCCCAGGGUCAAUAUGAGCGUAUUUCCAGAAAAUCUCAAGUUCACGAGUGAUAUUUGCCCAAACCGAGGUAGAACGGUUCAUUCUAACUCUGCCAGCAGUAUGCCAAAUAAAAGUCUCAUUCGGGUACUUACAGUCAAUCAAGGAGCACCACCAACUAUUACCGUUUUAUAGCGUAUUUCCACAACCACUCAGUUGUGUUCAUAACACCAUGAUAUUAUUCCAUACCACGUACUAGUUCAAUAGCCUGCACAGAACCCACACACACCCCAAUUGGCUAUAGCGUGAAGCCUUCAACUAAAACCUCAGCCAUGAAUUCCUCCUCCCCUCAACGUGGCAGUUUAGGUUUGCCCGUAACCGCCACCACGAUUCGGCGGCGCGUGAGCCAAACGUGACACGCCAACUUAACCCCCCCUUUCCCCACCAUGUAAAAUCUCAACAAAUUCGGCUACCGAUCACCAUUCUGCGGUGUCAUCUUCAUCUUCUUCCUCCUUCCUCUGCUCCCCCACCUAGCUACCGUCCACGGAUCCCCCAAGUCAAAAAAGCAACCUUUCCAUCAAAAUUUGCUUGCUUAAAAAACAAGUCUUUUAAUUUCCCCCCUUUCUAUAAGUAGUUAGAGACGUCUAUUCCCCAUGCAAGAAAACAACAAUUAAUCAAAGUAUUAAUUAAACCCCACUCCAACAAAUCUUAGCAAAGGAAUUGAACAAACAGUUCCCUAAUUAGCUUCCUUCCAUCUCCAAAUGGCUGGUUCAAGAUUGAAGGCGGCGCCGGUGGCGAUCAUAAGCAAGCAGUACUGCUCCCCGGAGCAGGUGGUGCUGACGGUGAGGCAGAGGCCCCAGACGGUCACCGGCGGCGGUUUCGUGGUGACGGAGGAUCCGACCCAGAAGGUGGUUUUCCGGGUGGAAGGCUGCGGCGUGCUCGGCUCGCAAGGGGAGCUCAUGGUCCGCGACGGAGACGGAGACGCCUUGCUCCUCAUCCGCCGCAAGGGAGGCGUGGUGCAGGCGCUGCUGAGCAUUAACCGGAAGUGGAAAGGCUACAGCUUCGAUUACGAAGGGAUCAAGAAGCUGGUGUUCAAACUGAAGGAGCCCAACUCGUGCUUGGGCCGGACCAGCGCGAUCCGGAUCUCGACGGAGCCCAGGAGGUCCGGCGGCGGGGAUUGGGAUUUCGAGGUCCGGGGCCGGUUUUCGGAUAAGUCAUGCUCCAUUGUGGAUCAUUUGGGCCGGAUCGUGGCCCAGAUUGGGGUGGAGAAAGGGAUGAGGAGUUUGGAUGUGUACUACGUGGUGGUGAAGCCUGGAGUGGAUCAGGCUUUCGUGUUCGGAGUGAUUGCGGUGCUUGAUAAUAUUUACGGCGAAUCCACGACUUGCUAGAAGUUUCUGAUUUGUGUUUUAUUAUUAUUUGUGUAAAAGCUAUGUGUUGAUUUAUCUCGACUAAGGAAUCUCACCGGAAAGGAAAGACACGGAAUUCCAUAAUCCACUGAGCAAAGGAAUUCUAUUCUAUUCGGAAAUCUACCUACGGUUUAGUUCCUUUUGUCAAGCAAGCAAGCUAGUGGCUAGUAAAUUGACUGCUGCUUUUGCUUUUGUUCUUUGAUUGAAUUGAAUGUAUCUUCUUGUUUGGUAUUGUGGUGAACACUUUGCAAGUUAUAUAUAAGGAUGUUUGGAUAUUAAGAUUGCGUUUUUGUAAUGCAAAUCUCAAAAUAGAAACAAAAGUUAAUAUUAAAUAUUUAUAGGAUCCGCAUGAAUUUCAAAUAUCAUUUUUUUUAGUUUAUGGGUCGGUUGAGGAUUCCAAAUUUUUACUGAUAUUCAAUAAUUAUAAAUUUAUCAGAUAAUUUGAGUUAGCAUGUAUGUUGUGAUCAAAGUUCUACAGAGAUAUGAAAUUGAUGAUAAAACUGUAAAGAAAUGUAAUUUUCAUUAACCGACGCCGUAAGUUUCAUCAGAACCCAAUGAAUUUCAGUAAAUUCUAUGAAUUAGAGUGGAUUGAAUUUUAGUAAACACUAACAAGCAGUAAAAUGAACUAUGGUAACCAAUAUACCUAGAAAUCUUAGUGGUGUUCAGUAAACUCCCAAGACACCUUUCUUUAGGAAAGUUGCAGCAAAUAAUCCAAGUACUUUACUCUCGAUUAAAGUUUAGCAGUGAGUUAGAAAUCAAGAUAACUUUUUUUUUUUUUUGGGUAGCAGGAAUCAAGAUGACUUUUGUUUUGUCGAAGAAAUCAAGAUGAUUUUGAUACCAGCCACUAAGUUCCAAUAUGCUUUAGAAAUUCCCUUAAAAAAUAAUUUAGAAAUUUUUUUCCAGUAAAUUCCAGUCACUUUAGUAUAUACCCUAGUGACUUCAUGUAAACUAUGCUAUCCAUUAUAAUGAAUUUGAAUAGACUAAGGCCCUGAUAGUAUAAUUUGCAAGCCGUUGUGUUGUACUGUUGUAAUAGGAUUGCGUGAACAAAGAAGCACAAGACCUUUCAAGUUAUUGGAAGUGGUUCCAUAAUGACUCAUAUAUCAUUUACCAACACGAUAAGCAAUCCAUUUGACGACCUAACUUUAAUAACAUAACCCAAAACCUUUCGACCUCUCCCCAUGAGUCCCUACGUCUUGCCAACCUUAUCCUCUUCGAGUCCUCCCAAGUCCCAAUUGUAACCUAAACCUAAUCCCCGUAUCCAUCCACUGAAGAAGAAGAAGAAGAAUGACGAAGAGAAGGCGAACCCUAAUCCCCUGGCCAUCAACAUCAAAUAAUUUGUGAUACUAAAAUACUAGUAAUCAUCCUAACUCAUCUCGUGGAAGUGUAUUUGGGUUGGCUCUUUGUCUGUCAAGAGAUGGUUGAUCAUGUGAUCUAAAUCUUGCGAAUUCCAUGUCAAAUUGUGGAAGGAUCAUUCUAGGACUAAAAUUUGGUUUUUUUUAAGAAUUUUUAAAAAUGAGGGAUUUAGGGAAAAUUCUAAAUUUUGGGAUUGAAGAAUUAUAUUGGACUUUGCUAUUUUGGAUUUGUGUUUGAUUUAUAAAUGAUUUGUUUGCUUUUUGGAUUUUAAAAUGGAUUUGUCUCCCUUAGAUUUAUUGGUUAAAUGAGAAAUUUGGAAGUGUUAAUUAUGUUGUACAUAUAUAAUUGGUUGAUAAGGAAUUCAUACAACAUUGCCACAUGUGAGUAGAACUCUUCUCUAUCUUUGAAAAAUAAUUAGUAUUGCAUAAUUUAUCCAAUGAAAUAGAUCAAAAAGU